AAUCUGUUGGUGUGUAUGUGGAGGAAGAGGAGGAGGAGGAGCCCGGGCUCCUCCGCCGUGAUAACAGGCUGCAGCUUCGGCUCUGUUAUCUUCCGCUCCCCGCCAGCAGAACUACGGAUCUCCUCCGGACCUCCAGCAGGAGUCAUACAUUUCCCAUCUAAACUUGCUCCAACAACAGGAGCGCUCAUCCCAUGGUGUCCCCGGCGGAGGACUCCCGGGCAUCCACUCGUGUUUGCGGAAUCGAUCUGCGGCCGCUACUUCGGGGGUCUUACAAAAAAAGUCAUGGAAACGUGGUUUUUGAAUCAAGUCCUCCUCUGCUCUUUGUCGGUGCUGGGUCUGGGUCUGCCGGGGCCCCUCUGGGCAGGGACCCCCGGCUACAACAGCACGAAUUCGGUAACGGACGGGUUGUAUUAUUCAGCGGGCACAGACGAACCCAGCAACACCGAAAACGGUGAAACUUCAACUUCAUAUUCCAGCGAGAGUUUAUCACCAUCACAGAGGGACCUCCUGCUCACACAUACGGCUGGAACCGACGCUGCUACCGCUGGGCACCUCGACAUGGAGCAGACAGAAGCCUUCACAGAAACAAGCAGCAGGUUUUCUGAAGCCACAAAUCUGUCCACAAAGCCACUUACCUCCUCCUUUAUAACCACCACUGAGUUCAGUAGUAGCAGGAGCAGUAGUAGUAGUAGUGGUAGUAGUAGUACUAGUAGUGAUAGUAGCAGCAGCAGGAGUAGUAGUAGUAGUAGUAGUGGUAUUAGUAGUACUACAGCAGCACAGUGGCUUUACUAA